AUGAUUCCAGUGAAUGAGUUCCGGAAUAUUGCCUCGGAUCAGAACCCCCAGCUGAAGGUGCUGAAACCGUGGUGGGACGUGUUCUCUGAGUACCUGUGCAUGGCUAUGCUUAUGAUUGGUGUCUUUGGUUGCACUGUGCAGCUGACACAGGACAAAAUAACCUGCCUUCCAAACCGCCCUGGGACUAACAGAGUGUACAUGAACUGCAGCCAUGUCAUUUUUAUGGAUAAUGACAGUUUGUGGGAAUAUACCAUGGCUAAUGCUCUCAGUACAACCAGUGUUGAUCGUAAAACUGGCCUAGACUUCCCCCAGUACAUGUUUAUCAAUCACAUAUGCUAUGAGCGGGCAGUCCACUGGUAUGGAAAGUACUUCCCCUACCUGGUAGUCAUACACUCUAUGAUUUUCAUGGUGGUCAGCAGCUUUUGGUUCAAGUUCCCUGGGACAUCAUCCAAAAUUGAGUUGUUUGUUUCUAUUCAGGACAAGUGUUUUGACUCGCCUUGGACAACACGGGCAAUCAGUGAAGUUUCAGAGGAACGUAAAGAAGAACGAAUGGUCACUUGGAGGAGGAAUACCAUGUCAAAGUCUUUUUCAGGAAGUCCUACUGAAGACGAAGAAACUGUCACCCUUCUCCGGUCCUCCUCAGUCAAGUCCAACUCUGAGAAAAGGGCUCUAGAACCCCAAUCCCCAGAAACCGUCUUGGAUAAGAAGGAAGGAGAGCAAGCAAAGGCCCUGUUUGAGAAAGUGAAAAAGUUACGUACACAUGUGGAAGAGGCUGAUCUCAUCUAUGUCAUGUAUGUAUUGCAGAUGUCUCUCAAAGUCUUCCAGUUUGUGUUAAUCAUCAUAUACAACAGUGUGCUUGUGCCAAAUAUUGAGACUGCAGUUACGUGCCUUGUGCCUCCAGGCCUAACAGGUUAUGAAGUCUUUUGCUGCAACAAUAACAAGGCUCACUUCUUCUCUAAAUUGGCCUAUUGUUACAUCUGCUUUGUUGGGGCAUAUGGAUUACUAUGCAUCUAUUCCCUCUAUUGGCUUUUCCAUCGGCCACUGAAGGAGUAUUCCUUUGAGCAUAUGCGUCUGGAGACAGGCAUCAGUGAUAUCCCAGAUGUUAAAAAUGAUUUUUCAUUCCUGCUACAUCUUAGCGAUCAGUACGAUGCCCUCUAUGCCAAACGCUUCGCUGUCUUCCUCUCAGAGGUCAGCGAGAGCAGGCUGCGACAAGUGAACCUCAACCAUGAGUGGACUGUCGAGAAACUUCGAGCUCGUCUGACCCAGAAUGCCAGUGAGAGGCUGGAGCUUCACCUCGUGAUGCUGCCGGGACUGCCCGACACUGUCUUUGAGAUACCUGAGAUAGAGUCCCUCAAACUGGAGAUGAUUAACAAUAUCACCAUCCCAGGCACUUUAAUUCAACUUACGGCCCUUCAAGAAGUCUUCCUAAUUGACUCUCCUGUCAAACUCCAGCUUGCUGCCCUCAACCACUUACAGGAGAACCUCAAAGUGCUUCGACUUACCUUUGAGGGGCUGGAGCAAAUUCCCAUGUGGAUGUACACCCUACAGAACCUGGAGGAGCUCCAUUUGAAUGGGUCCCUCACCAGUGAAACCUCUCGUAGCGCCAACUUGGAUACCCUACGAGGUCUUAAGAACUUACGUUUGUUAACUUUGUGUUGCCGACUUACCAAGAUUCCCCACACUGUUAUUGAUGUGGCAGGUCAGCUUCAGCAGCUGAGCAUUCACAAUGAAGGUAGGAAACUGCGUGCAUUCAGCAGCUUAAAGAAGCUGUCCAAUUUGGCUACCCUUAAACUUAGAGCCUGUGAACUGGAACGCAUCCCCAAUGCCGUUUUCAGCCUCUCCAAUCUGCAAGAGUUAGACCUGCGCAAUAAUAAACUAACAACUGUGGAGGAGAUCCUGAGUCUGCAACAUUGCCGCCGUCUUACUACCCUUAAACUGUGGCACAAUGCUAUCUCCUACAUCCCGGAACACAUCAGCAAACUCCGCUCCUUGGAGACACUGGACAUCAGCUGGAAUAAGAUCCGCAGGCUUCCUUCUCACCUCUUUCACUGCACCAAGCUGCGCCAUCUUGACCUCUCACACAAUCAGCUCAUUUCUGUACCCCCUGAUGUGGGCAUCCUUCAGAGUCUACAGUACUUCUCUGCGGCUUCCAACUGCCUGGAGUCACUUCCAGACGAACUGUUUUCCUGCAAACGGCUGAGAACUCUUGCGCUUGGCAACAACAGCAUUACACAUUUGUCCCCUCGCGUGAGCAACUUAGCCCAGCUGGUGCGGCUUGAUCUCAAAGGGAACCGACUGGAGUCCCUCCCCUCUGAAAUAGGAGAAUGUAGCCAUUUAAGACUGAGUGGACUUGUAGUGGAAGAAAGCAUCUUAGACCUUUUACCUCCUGACAUUAGACAUCGUAUGACAGAGAGUUAA